AUUGCAAUUACUAUUAUCUAGAGUUGAAUUUUAUUUAUAUAAUACUGGUUGUGUGUGUAUACAUAAAAACAUUCCAAGCAUUGCAGAAACAAGAGUUAGUGGCUGUAAGAAGUGAAUGUAAUAAUUAUGAAUUUUUUGGGCUUUGGACAAUCGGCCGAAAUCGAUAUUGUUUUUGAUGGUGCCGAAAACAGGAAAACCGCAGAGGUGAAGGGAGAGGAUGGUAAAAUAGAACAAAUGUUACUUUAUUAUGAUGGCGAAACAGUGUCUGGAAAGGUUAAUGUCACCCUUAAGAAACCGGGAAGUAAAUUGGAACAUCACGGCAUCAAAAUUGAAUUUAUUGGUCAGAUAGAAUUAUUCUAUGAUCGUGGCAAUCAUCAUGAAUUUAAAUGUUUAGCCAAAGCGUUGGCUCGUCCUGGUGAUUUGAUACAAAACAAUAGCUACCCCUUUGAAUUUCCUAAUGUAGAGAAACAAUUUGAAGUGUAUGCUGGCUCCAAUGUGCGUUUACGUUAUUUUUUGCGAGCGACUAUAGUACGUCGCAUUAGUGACAUUACCAAGGAAGUAGACAUUGCUGUACAUACUCUAUGCAGUUAUCCAGACGUUAAUAAUCCUAUCAAAAUGGAAGUGGGCAUUGAGGAUUGCCUGCAUAUUGAGUUUGAGUAUAACAAGAGCAAAUAUCAUUUACAGGAUACGAUUAUUGGCAAAAUAUAUUUUCUUUUGGUUCGCAUUAAAAUCAAGCACAUGGAAAUUGCAAUCAUAAAACGUGAAUCCACUGGAACCGGUCCGAAUAUGUUUACAGAGAAUGAAAAUAUUACCAAAUUUGAGAUUAUGGAUGGUGCCCCGGUUAAAGGCGAAAGCAUACCCAUUCGUGUUUUCUUAGCUGGUUAUAAUUUGACGCCCACUAUGCGUGAAAUUAAUAAAAAGUUCUCGGUUAAGUACUUCCUUAACUUGGUGCUAAUGGACACCGAGGAUAGACGUUACUUCAAACAGCAGGAAAUUACUCUAUGGCGCAAAGCCGAUAUACCGCGCUAUCAUGCUCACAGUCAACAGCAGGCGGCCAUUGCUGGUCACAAUACUCAUCCCCAGCAUGCCCCGGCUCAUUUGGUAAGCGGUCCACCGGCUCCCAUUUCUGCCACUCCCGCUGUACCCGUCAAUGACAGUAAUGCUGCUGGUACAGUACCAUCUGAGUCUAAAAUGGGUUUAUUUACACGUGAAAGUCCUAAUCAAGAAUUCAGUCAGCAAUCACAAGAUUCUUUACCCACAUCACCAAUGACGCCGCCAUCAAUGUCAAUAGAAAGGGGUAUAGGUGAUGGUGCUGCAGCAACUAGCACUUCGCCUGUGUUGCUUUCCACUACGCCACCACCACUGCCAGUUGCCGCUACUAUCAUCAAUGCUACUACUACCCAUGAAACAGAUCCUGCGGCUGAACAAAAGACAGCAGAAGUAGAAGAUUUGCUCGAAUCAAACGAACAAGCGGAAAACGAUAUAGAAGACAAACCGCUAGUAGUGGCGCCAGUUACUACCGAUUUUUUAGAUGACGCCUGAUAUCUCGGCUUAGAUUGAGUCGAGCACUAAGUGAACAAUGUGGUGGUGGUAGUGGCCUCUAUAACUGGAGUCGUUACAGCGGUCUACUUAUUAUAAUCGUCAGCAAGUGCUUAAUAUAACAAAACGUACUCUCGAACCACUCUGACACGAAACAAAAUUCCUCCCUCCCCCCCCUAUACCUAUACAUUAAUUAUAAUUUGAUUUUGUGUUUUAUUUUAAAAGGUGAGAAAUUCUUUGGUAAUCAAUUUAAAAGGUAAUAACUGACAUACCUUUUAAGCUUUCAAAAAAAAA